AUGGAUAAAAACAGAAAGCAAUCUCUGGAAGCAGAAGCAAAAUAUCUAACUAAUCUUAUAACAUCUUACAAGAACAAGCAGGUUAAACCAUUAAGUAAUCAUUUCACGAAGCAGCCUUCGACCCACUAUUUUAACAACAAUCAGCGAUCGAAAUAUAACGAUACCAUGAUAAAGAUAAAGAAAUUAUCGAACGUACAGUCUUUUCAUCACGAUUCGUCAUCAGCGAAUGUUAGCAAAAUUCUCAAUAGAUAUUCGUGGAAGGCUACCAAAAAUCAGGUUACUAAGCCCAUCCCUCAAGCUAACAUCCGUACUACUGAUGACAGUAAGCAGAAAUCUUUAGUUACUAAAAAGGAUAACGUUACUGGAACUCGUAUUUCAUGGACAGAUAUCAAGAAAUCAGAUUUGAAAGUUAAGAAACAAGUCGAAAAACAACACGUCACCUUAAAUCAGACACAGCUACAAAAUGAAGGAAUCAAUAAUGUAGCAGAUACAACCAAUUUAAUAUCAAGUAAUCGAACCCCUACUUUAUCUAGCAAAGAGGAACGGUUUAAAUGGUUCAAUAAUACAGUCAAAAAACAUCCUGACCCUUCUCUACGAGAUAAUAGUAAAUUUUUACAGACUUCUAAUUUAAAUGUACCCUUUUCAUCAUUAUCGACUACAACGGAGAAAUAUAAUAAUUACGUCAAGCCUGAUGCAUUGCCUUGUCGAUCACAACUUAAAUGGUCUCGUAAUGACAACUCCAUGAACCCUACGUCAUCAGUAAUAACAAGAAAGAGUGGUAUUAUGAAAUAUUACUCUGCUAAAAAAGCAACAGAUUACAAGCGAUAUAUUUAUUUAACGAAUCGUUACAGAAAAAGAAAGCCACAAAGCUUAAAAUUAUUAAAGCUUAAGAAAUCCUGUAUAAAUCCAAAUUACUUUUCCUUCCGAAAAAGUUUAAGGAGGACAAACCUUAGCAAACCUAGACGAAAAGUGAAAGUUACCUCGAAGGCAGUUUAUACGAGACGAAAGGAACAACCCAGCUACAAUUAUUACAAUCUAGAUGGUGUUCUUUACAAAUCAACGGGUACAAAAUUAGUCUCCCGUUUAUCAAGCGUCGCUAACAAAGAUGCCAUUGUCAAUAAAAGGCAUAAACUGAUCAAACUCAGAAAAGGUAAAUGUAACCGCGGAAAUGAAUGCCCUUAUGUCCAUGAUCCUUCUAAAGUUGCAGUGUGUACAAGAUUCUUAAGAGGGAUGUGUCACGCUGAAGAUUGUCCGUUCUCUCAUCAGAUAUCUACUGACAAAAUGCCAGUUUGUUCAUUUUUUCUACGUGGCAACUGCACUAAGGAUAAUUGUCCUUUUUCUCAUGUUCGUGUCGCAAAGAAUGCAGAUUUGUGUAAGAGCUUUCUACUUGGAUACUGUCCAGAUGGGGUUAAAUGUAAAAUGAGGCAUGUAAUAAUUUGUCCGGAGUACUCUCGUAAUGGGCAGUGUUCUAAAGGCCAAAACUGUCGCUUGCUCCAUCGACGAAUAAGGUUUUUACGAAAAAAAGGAAUUGAGAUUUCUGAUGAAAAAACAAAUAAUACCCGGAAUGAGAAGCAAUUUCUUGCUAAAGAACCUGCUCCAUUUAAAGUUAUUCGUAAACAAAUGGAACGGAUAGAUACAAAUAAUAAGAAAAAACAAGCGGAGGAAUCGAUUUUACAAAAUUCACUUUAUGCUGAUAAGAAAGACGAAAGUGCUGAUUUUCCGAUGUUGAAAGCUCCUAGAUUUUUGCACCUGAAUAGUAAUAACGAGGGUCAUAUAUCGACUCUUGAUGGCGAUCAAAAGGCAUAUUAA